AGGUACAUAAUUGAAAGGUGUCGCGCGAAUCAGCGCAUGUAUGAAUAAGCUAUAAACACACAGUAUAAACAACUCGAAGCACAGGUUUGAUAAAAAUAAAUCGACUCCUACUAACAGCUGAACGAUAAAUUCAGAGUAAUAGUUGCGAUGGAGAUACUCAGUCUUUUGGGUUGGGCAUUAUGGGUCUCUUGGAUCACGCUCUUGCUGACAAUUAUCCUAGCUGCGAGCAUAGGAAAAUCUGUAGGUGUAAGAAAAUUGUACGUUCAAAUAUUAUUGAAAAUUUUUGAGUAUGGAAGAAGAGACAUCGAAAAAAAUCUUAAAGUGAAAAGAUCCUCUCAGGUUGAUUCUGAGGACGAAGGAUACGAAGAAGACCCCGAUUUGAAAACUGAUAAUCGAUCUAUUGGUAGGAACGGAAAUCAUCUCAUUAGCCGAGAUGAAAAUUCAAUUUUAAUACCAGAGUUGACACCAGCUGGCAGUCAAUCAUCAACCGAUAACCACAACAUAGAAGAACAAAUCCACUUUGACAUUAAAACAUGGCUCCAAGUGUUGGACUACUCGAAAAUAGGCAUAGAGGCCAUCAUCGAGGAUCAGGUCACUUCGCGUUUUGAAGCCGAAGAACUCAAGAACUGGAAUCUUCUAACCAGAACCAAUCGUAGUCAUGAAUUCAUCUCGUGGAAAGUCACAAUCCUUUGGAUAAUCGGAUUUUUCGUACGAUAUUUCUUGUUGUUGCCACUCAGACUAUCAAUCUUCAUUUUCGGAUUUCUCUGGCUUUUGAUCACUACAACAACAAUCGGAAAGUUACCCGAAUGCGGUUUUAAGCGGUGGCUGAACUACCGUUGCUACGUCAUCGCAUUCCGGAUUCUCACGCGAUCUCUGUCAGCUGUCAUUACUGUACAUAACAAGCAAUGGCGCCCACCAGGUGGCACUAUAUGUGUAGCCAACCACACUAGUCCUAUUGACUGUAUUAUACUAUCAAACGACAACUGUUAUUCGCUGAUUGGUCAGAGACAAGGGGGACUACUGGGUAUACUUCAGAGAGCAUUAAGCAGAGCUUCUCCUCAUGUAUGGUUUGAAAGAUCGGAAGUUAAAGAUCGUCAUUUAGUACUUCAAAGACUAAAAGACCAUACUUCAAAUCGAAAGAACCCUCCUAUGCUAAUUUUUCCAGAAGGUACUUGCAUCAACAACACAUCUGUUAUGCAGUUCAAGAAAGGCAGCUUUGAAGUGGGAUGUCCUAUAUAUCCAGUAGCAAUAAAAUACGAUCCCAGGUUUGGAGAUGCUUUUUGGAACAGCAGUAAGUACGGAAUGGGUCAGUAUGUUCUAAUGAUGAUGACCAGUUGGGCGCUCGUGUGUGACGUUUGGUACUUACCUCCCACGCAAAAACAAGAAGGGGAAAGUUCCAUAGAUUAUGCCAAUAGGGUCAAACAUAUUAUAGCUAAACAAGGAGGAUUGGUUGAUCUUGUUUGGGAUGGUCAAUUAAAACGAACAAAACCAAAAAAGGAAUGGAAAGAGAGACAACAAGAACACUUGAGCAAAUUGUUUAAAGGAGAAUAAUAAAAAAUAACUUAACACAAAGUAAAAAAAUGUGAAAACUAAAACGCUCCUAGUUAAGUACAAUAUUGAAAAUUCUAAUCGUAAUCAUUGUUACCAC